CGCGGCGGACUCCGGACGCACGCCUCCGGCCACUCAGCGACCGGCGGCGCCGGGGGCGGGGCUGGAGGGAGUGACGUUGGCGUGCGUCAUCGCGCAUGCGGGCAAAAUCGCUGACGCCACGCGGACGUCAUGGCCCGACCAAUCCGGCGGCCGCUCGCUGCAGGGGGCGGCCCGGCCCGGGAUCCCGCAGGCCUGGCCGGGCGGGGCCGGGGGCGAGGGCCGGGGGCGGUGACUUCAGAGCCCCUUCCCGCAGCGCUCGCCUGGUUCUCGAGGCCUGCUGCGGCAGACGGGGAGGAGAAGCGGGGAGCAGGCGGGGUCGCCAUCGAGGACGCGGCGAAUGAGGCCGAGGCGGAGAUCAUCCGGCUGCUGAAACGGGCCAAGUUGAGCAUCAUGAAAGAUGAGCCAGAAGAGGCUGAGCUAAUUUUGCAUGACGCUCUUCGACUUGCCUAUCAGACUGAUAACAAGAAGGCUAUUACUUACACUUACGAUUUGAUGGCCAACCUAGCAUUUAUACGAGGUCAACUUGAAAAUGCAGAGCAACUUUUUAAAGCAACAAUGAGCCACCUGCUCGGAGCAGGUAUGAAGCAGGAAGACAAUGCAAUAAUUGAAAUCUCCCUCAAGUUGGCCAGUAUCUAUGCUGCUCAGAAUAGACAGGAAUUUGCUCUUGCUGGCUAUGAAUUCUGCAUUUCAACUCUAGAGGAAAAAAUUGAAAGAGAAAAGGAAUUAGCGGAAGAUGUUAUGUCAGUGGAAGAAAAAGCCAAUACCCACCUUCUCCUGGGCAUGUGCUUAGACUCUUGUGCACGAUACCUUCUGUUCUCCAAACAGCCAUCCCAGGCACAAAGGAUGUAUGAAAAAGCUCUGCAGAUUUCUGAAGAAAUACAAGGAGAAAGACAUCCACAGACAAUUGUGCUGAUGAGUGACCUGGCUACUACAUUGGAUGCACAGGGGCACUUUGAUGAGGCCUAUGUUUAUAUGCAAAGGGCAUCGGAUCUAGCAAGACAGAUAAAUCAUCCUGAGCUGCACAUGGUACUCAGUAAUCUUGCUGCAAUUUUGAUACAUAGAGAACGAUAUACACAAGCAAAGGAGAUCUACCAGGAAGCACUGAAGCAAGCAGAGCUGAAAAGAGAUGAGGUUUCUGUACAGCACAUCAGGGAAGAAUUGGCUGACCUGUUGAGAAAAAGUAGAUCUUUGACUUAACUUUAUCAAGCUCUGAAUCUACUUUGUUGUAGGAAGGCUAAUUUCUGGUAACCAGCAGGCAUAGUUAUUCCAGUGUCUGUGGAAUUCAGAUCAAUUGUGUAAACCCUUUGUUCUUGAUAUUCAGGUGUCCUCCACUUAGCUUUGGUGAAGGACAUGUGUAUACACUGCCACUUUUGUUUUUAAAGGAAAAGUAUCUUUGACCCAACUAAUUGUGACUUCUAAGGACUGAUGUUAAGUGAUGCUUUCUCUUGUAACAUGGGUAUUCAUACUAGUCCAAUUACAGACCGAGAUGGGCCAGUUUUCCUUUGGGGUGUGUGUAUGGUAGUUAUACUUGGUAUCUCUACCAUACGAUUUUGGUUCACUGAUAUACUGCAUUUCUUCUCUUUGUCAAUAUCUGGCAGACCAAGAUACUUAUCUCAUGGCAAAGGGGAAUUAUGGUGAGUUACUUCUCUUACAAUCUCUUUCACAAAGCACAUUGUGGAUUUAACGCAUAAA